AUGUUCAGAUGGGUUUUCCCUUUUUUAAUAUUGGAUUUGGUCGAAAAUUUGUUCAAAUUCCAGAUAUUCCAGCGGCUCAGGCGCAAUGCUCCACGGAGAAGGUUCAACUCGUUGAUCCUCACGAGAAGUGCGCGGUCCUCUGCAGGUGGUCGGCCCGGAGACCCGCAGGAAGCUGUGGAGGAAAAGGAACCAGCCAGUGGUAGUCAGCCCACAGGACCAUCCCAGGUGUAUCCUGCCAGUGCACAAAAAAGCGAAGGGGGUGCCGGUAGCAACCCAGCUUUGUUUGUUCUUCCUUUGUUCCGGAAGCCUGCCUUUCCGGGAUUUUACCAAGUCAUUCAGGUGGGAGACAAGGCCGUUUUGAACUUCUUGGUCUCGCUGCGAAAGAAUGGGCAAGCUCAGUACUUGGGUGGCUUCCUGACGAAGGCCCAGGAGGACCAGCGGCGAGGAGAGGCUCGCGAUGACUCUGAGCAAUCCGGAUCAGCUUCCCGACUGCGGAGGGACGCUGGAAUGGUGGACAGUGUGUCUGAGCUGGAAUCAGUGGGGACUAUUCUUCAGGUGGUCAACAUGCAUGCGUACCCGAACGUCGAUGGAGGCCACAUUACAGUCAUCCCGCACAAGCGUGUCCAAAUGAAGCGAACCGUGUCUCAAGUUGCUCCAAGCGUGCCAUUGGCAGUGGUGUCAGUUGAGUACAUGGAUGAUCCGGUCAUGCCCAAAGAGGAGGAAGAAAUGAAGGCCGUGGAGGCAGUGAUACGCAACAUCAAUACGAACUUGAACGAGCUGCUGGCAAAGUCUGUUCUCUACAAGGAGCAGCACGAAAAAGUGAUGCAGUUGUUCAACCGAGAUGAUCCACAGAAGCUUGCUUAUUUGGUCGCUGGGAUGUCCAUGGGCACGCGUGCAGAAUUGCAGGCAGUUCUCGAAGAGCAGGAUAUGUUGAAGCGGCUGAAGCUGGUGGAGAGCCUUGUCCAAAAAGAUGUGGACUUCACGAGGGUGCAGUCAAAGGUGAAGAAUGAGGUUGAAGGGGAAAUGUCAAAGGACCAGAGACGUGAAAUGCUGCUGGCUCAAAUGAAGCAGAUCAUGAAGGAGCUGGGAAUCGAGCGAGACGAGAAAGAGGCUCUGGCUUUGCAGUUCACGGAUGCUCUCAAGGAUAAGACUGUACCAGAAGAAGUCCAAAAGGUGAUCGAUGACGAGCUUGCAAAGCUGAGCCAGUUAGAGCCAUCCUCCUCGGAGUUCAAUGUCUCCCGGACCUAUUUAGAAUGGCUGACAUGCCUUCCUUGGGGUCAAACUACGCAGGAAAACAGAGACAUCGGCAAGGCUGAGAAGAUUCUCAACGAGGAUCAUUAUGGCCUUGAAGACGUCAAAGAGCGCAUCCUCGAACACAUUGCCGUUAACUUUUUGCAGGAGUCCACCCAAGGCAAAAUUAUGUGUUUGGUUGGUCCGCCUGGCGUCGGCAAGACAUCUAUCAGCAAAAGUAUAGCCAGAGCACUGGAACGCAAGUUCUAUCGUUUUUCUGUCGGUGGCCUAUCUGAUGCUAGCGAGAUCAGAGGACACCGUCGAACGUACGUUGGAGCUAUGCCAGGCAAGCUGGUGCAGUGCCUGAAAGUCACGCAAAGUUCCAAUCCUGUCAUUUUGAUUGACGAGAUUGACAAGCUUGGCAAAGACUUCCGAGGUGACCCUUCUGCAGCAUUGCUGGAGGUCCUGGAUCCGGAACAGAAUAGCUCCUACCGAGAUCAUUACUUGGAUGUGCCAUUGGACCUGUCCAAGGUGCUCUUUGUCUGCACAGCCAAUGAGCUGGACACCAUUCCAGGCCCUUUGCUGGAUCGAAUGGAGGUCAUAAGAAUAGCAGGCUAUGUUUUCGAGGAGAAGCUGGCCAUUGCAAACCAGUACCUCAUCCCUUCAACCAUGGAGGAAAAUGGUGUCGGCGAUACCAAGCUAUCCCUGGAGGAUGAAGCUGUGCGCAAGAUGAUCCGCGAUUACGCAGGCGUCCGUCAACUGCGCAAGCUCCUGGAUAAGGUGUCUCGCAAGGUUGCCCUUAGCAUGGUGCGGAAGAAGGAGGAGGAACAUCCAGCCGUCGUUGUGGGCUCUGACAACCUCACGACCUAUAUUGGCCAGCCUGUAUUCCUCACAGACAGGCUCUUCGGCCAAACUAUGCCUCCUGGUGUUGUCAUGGGCCUUGCCUGGACAAACAUGGGAGGAGCCACGCUGUUCAUCGAAGCACGAGGCAGACUCCCCGUAGAAGGUGUUGAGAUUGCCAGGGUUUCCAUCGAGGGAAGUCCUGAAACGGAAGAGAGAGAAAGAAAGCCCAGUGAGUCUUCACCCCUGGGCGAACCCAGCGACAUGCAGGUCACUGGCCAGCUUGGCACAGUGAUGAACGAGUCGAGCAGCAUCUCCCUCACGUACGCGAGGAUGUUCAUUAGAGAGUUGGAUCCACAGAAGUCGUUCCUCGACAAGGCGCAGAUUCAUUUGAACGUCCCGGAGGGAGCCACUCCAAAGGAUGGACCGUCAGCUGGGGUGACCAUGGCAGUGGCCCUUGUCAGUUUGGCUAUGGACAUCCCAGUGAGGUCAGAUGUCGCAAUGACUGGUGAGCUCACCCUGAUGGGCAAAGUGCUCAAGGUGGGCGGCAUUCAGGAGAAGGUCAUCGCAGCGCGUCGCGAGAACGUCAAGACAGUGCUCAUGUGGGUGACCUCAGAGGGGGAACCGAAGUUUUUGUUCGCUCACCGUGACUUGCGUGACACGCUGUCGGCGCCGCGACCGUUGCUGCCGGAGAUCCGAGCGUCACCCGAGAUCCGGAGAAAGUGGCGGCCACAGCAGCGGCGAGGCAUGGCUUUUCUGGCAGCCUUACUUCCUGUGGCCGUUCGCACGGCACUGCGUUCACUAAAGCGCCCUACAGAACCAUUCGGUACUGCAGAGCUCUUACAGUUAGAGAUGAAGUCAGAUGAGCCACAAGCUUUGUCAGAACUGCUCGAAGGUUUGGGAGCCUUAUCCACUGCAGUUCGUGGGGUGCCCAUCCUGCGGGAGACAGCCACUGACCAGACACCAAUGUGGAGAGUUGCCAUUGUCACAGGCAUGUUCCCAGCCAGUGUUGAUGUGGAGAAGAUCAUGGCCGUUGUCCAAAGUUGCUUCGACCUGCAAGCACCAGCUUCCUGGACUGUGACAAGAGUUGAAGAUAUCGAUUGGGUGGAGCAUGUUCAACGCAGCUGGAAAGCCAUGAAUUUGGGACAAGGAUUUCAGGUCCUAUUGCCGUGGCAUGAUGGCCCCGAAGGUGGUGCAACUUCCAAUGGUCGCUUGGUGCUGCGCUUGGAAGGCGGUGCUGCCUUUGGGCUGGGGGAUCACCCCACAACGCAAGGUGCGGUGAAGUUCUUGGAGAAGGUUCUCACGGAUGAUGGAAGGAGGAGUGCUGUUUUGGACUAUGGCUCUGGAUCUGGAGUGCUCGCCAUUUGUGCAGCUCAUUUAGGUGCAUCUACUGUGGUUGGUGUUGAUGUUGACGAAGGAUCUGUGGAGUCUGCAAAGCGAAGCUACGCAUCAAGCCUUGCAGAGAGCAGCAUAGUAGUGUUCCGUCGCAGUCCUGAGGAUUUCGCAGACGCAGAGGAGUUUGCUUCUGGGUUGGUCCAAGAGUAUGGUCCUUUCAGCGUCGUUGUAGCAAAUAUUCUGCGAAGGCUUCGGAAUUUUUGAAGGUUUAUGUAUUCACGAAAGCCAGCCGCUAGGCUAGGCGAAGUUCUAUAUGCGAAC